AUGACCAUCACACCACCACAAGGCCGUAAGCCUGCGUUCAUCCUCUCACACCCCCGCACGGCAUCAAACCUCUUCAUGAAGAUUUUCAAAUCCCACCCCGAUGUUGUCCCCGCCGAAUAUCCAUUCCUAGACGUGUUCUUCUUUGGGAUAGAAUCACAGUGCAGUCGCAAAAGCCCGGAAAUCGAGGCGGCCCGAACCGCAUUCCAAGAGAAGACCGGAGUAUCAAGGUCAUAUCACGAGGCCUUCAAGAAGCUCGAGGACGACAUUCGCAAAGCUAGUGAGCAGGACAAGGUAGCAUUUGUGAAAGAGCAUAUUUGCGUAUUUCUUAAGCCGUCGGUAAUUGACAGCAACCUCGAAGCCCCUCGACCACCUUGCGCCACUCCCCAGCUGGAGCCGAAUGAUGCUGAGGUGAGAAUUUCAACUAACCCGACAUUACUUCCCGACGACUUCAUGCUCUCGGUUUCACCCGUUUUCUUGAUUCGCCACCCGGCGCUGGUAUUUCCCUCCUGGUACAAAAUCAGUACGAGUGGCUUGGGCGCAGACAUUGACGAUUCCGACUUUCCAGUGGAAGUCUCCUUUCGUUGGUCUCGCAUCCUUUACGACUGGUAUCUGAACACAUGGUCAAAGACCACGUCAAGCUCUCCACUGAACCAGCAUCGCAAGCCAGCUGUGAUCGACGCGGACGACACAAUGUCCGACCGCGCUGCUCUAGAGCGUCUAUGCCACCAGUUCCAGCUCGACCCGCGGCAGCUUAGCUUCGAGUGGCAGGCUGCGAAGACGGAGCUGGUUCCGUGGUUCUCCACUAUCCAGAAAUCCACUGGCGUUGACAUGUCAAAGAUUUCCAAGGACAUCGACAUCCAGCAGGAAUUUGUGAAGUGGGAAGACGAAUUUGGUUCUCAUGUGGCACAGAAGCUGCUGCGUUUUGUUGAGUUGGCCAUGCCGGAUUACGAGUAUCUGCUAUCUAAACGGGGGGGGUGA